UUUGUGCGCCAGCCAAACAAACACAACAAACACCACACCCACCACCCCACCGCCACAACAGGACACACGCAGACACACGCACGCACGCACACACACGCAGACAUGUUCCUGUGCCGAACGACGUCUGUGAAGGAGAGAAAGGGCGAGGCUGCCGAAGACUCGGCUGCCAGCGGCGGCCUGCCGUUCAACCCGCUGUACAUGAACGAGCAAGAGUACGAGGUGGUGCAGGCGGAGAUCAAAGCGCUGCUUGAGGACGCGCGCGCGGCAGAGCCCCAGAUCACGGAGGCGCUGCAAGACGUCGCGGAGAAGCACGGCGCCCGCCUGGCAGGGCUCGACCACCGCACCAAGGAAUACGAGAGCUUGCUGCGCAAGGGCAUCUCCUACGUCGAGUGGAACCGGGAGCAGCUGGCAAGCGGCAGUGACACAAGUGCCAAGGACAAAACGAAGCAGCAGCAGCAGCAGCAGCAGCAGCAGCAGCAGCAGCAGCAGCAACAACAACAACAACAACAACAGAACGAUGGCGAUGGCGAUGGCGAUGCGGAUGAUGACAGCGGUGGCCCAGCAUCCAUUCACGACAUCGUUCGCGACAUUGGCGACAGCGUGCGGUACACGAUGGUGCCCAAGUUUGAGGAGUACGUGUCGACGGUGAAGCACACGGUGGAGACGCUCAAGGAGCUGGGCAUCGUGGUGCUGCGCAGCCGCAACUAUUGGGGCGAUGGGGACCACUACCAGGGCCUGAACAUGACACUGAAGCACCCGACCGCAGGCGUGAUGUUUGAGCUGCAGUUCCACACGGAGCAGGGCCUGAAGAUCAAGAAGGAGUGCCACAAGCUGUACAAGAAGUACCGUGUGGAGAAGUCGCCCUUCAAGAAGAAGCGCUACUUUGAUGCGGGCUGCAAGCUGGCAAACAAGGUCAAAGUGCCCGAGGGCGCGCUUGAGCUGGACACGAUCGUGGAGACGGCCCCGCCAGACCCCGUGGAGCUGCUGGCCGACGACCUGCGCGUGACCAGCUUGCUCCUGCGCGAGACAAUUGACAGCAUCCUCGGCCCGCUCAUUGCCGACAUGCAGCCAUCGGCACAGGGCAGCAGCGGCGGCGGCAGUGGCGAUGGUGGUGGAGAUGGUACUGGUGAGGAGCAAACGGCAACAGAGGAGGCGGAGGAGAGCAAGGGCGAGGGACAGGGACAGGACAAGGGAAGCCAGCGAAAGCAGAAGAAGAAGAAGACAAAAGGAAAGAAGCGGGCUGGAACCGGUGGCCGUGGCGGCGCUGCUGCGCAGAGCGAAGUGGCAACCAAGCAGCGGCUGAUGGCGGAGAUUACCGAGCACAUGGAGAAUGCCAAGUCGAAGAACGUGCGCGACGGGUCCAAGGCUGUGACCGAUGUGCUGCGCUACCACGUGGUGGUGCCUGCGGACGAGUACGUGCCUGCUGUCGACCGCGUGUUGAAAGGGCUGGAGGGGGAGCGGCAGGUGACGGCGCGGCCCAUCCAGAACUUCUGGCAGCACGGCGACGCGUAUCAGGGGCUGCAUGCGCCGUUUGUGUUUGUUGACAAGCGCGCAGGCACCGUUCCGUUUGAGAUUCGCUUCCACACGCCGGAGACGUGGGCGCUGCUUCGUGGGCGCAUGGCCGCAUUCCUGGCCUCCCUCGACGCCCUCCCCGCACACGACCGCAAGCAAAAGUACCAGGUGUGUUGUCUGUGUCGAUUCAUGCUUGCGGAAUGGGAGAAGCUGCCUAUGCCUGAGGGCGUGCUGGAACUCAAGUCGAAGAGGCUGCAGGUUGACCUGGGCGAGCUGGUCCAAGACGUUUAG